AUGGGGCAACCAUCCAAUACCGAUAUUUCUCUCAAUCCUAUCGGCGACCGACCUCCGUCUUACGAUAACGUGAUCGACACCUCAUCCGCUGACGAGGUCGAAACCUCCAUUCCUGGCGCUCAGAAGGUCGUUUGGCGCAAGAAGUCCGGGACUAAGACGCUAUCGCCAUCGCUCACUGAUAGCCCACGCAGCCUUUAUCGCCUCAUUGCCCAACAAGCCCAACUGCCACCGCGGCAGUACGUCCACAUUGAGGGCUAUAGGGCCACGGGCACGGGCAAAGACCGCGUAUUCGAAACGCAGUUCGAUUUCUCGCUUGACUUGACGCCCACCUUGCUAGACCUCAGUGACGAUAAUAGGGAAUGGCAUGAACUACGCGUUGUUCGCGAUAGGGACGGUCAGGAAGCGUUCCGUGGUGGGAUGUUUCCUUCUCUCGAGGAACCUUCCCGUCUCAAAGGCCUAGUAACGAACUUACAAGAGUACGGGAACCAGGAGUUAGAGGAUCAAAGUCUGCUAGGCGCAGCCUCGGAUGGCUCGAACGAAGGCAUCCCUAGUCUGAUGGGCUGGUGUGAGAGGUUUUGUCGCGAUCCUGCUCCGGUCAGAUCGUUUACUUUCAUACGAGAGCUGAACGGUUUUGAUGUUAACCCUAUACGUUCUGAGCUCAAGUCCUACAUCCGUUCGCUUAACUACCGCGGUAGCAUUAAAAUAACAGCCUCUAUCCCGAACGAAUUCGUCACUAUCUACUCGCCGCAUUGGAUCAACCGACUACGGAACAACACAUUCGUUUGGUGGCUUUGCAUUAUCUUACAGCUAUGGAUUGUGACGUGGCCGGCGAUAGUGCUACUUGAGAAACGCUACCAGGUCGUGCAAUCAGUGUGGAGGUCAUCCCGUCUCGUAGAGGAUGUCACUACACUAUCUAGAUGGAGGAAGAUUUAUGCGCAUGGGCGUAGUGAAGCGGAAUUGGCAGACUUCUGGGCAGCCGCAGUAACACAGGCAGCCUGGGAACAAAAGGAUAGCGGCGAAAUUCUAACGGAGCAUGACCUACCACGUCUCCUACGGCGGGGACAAGAACGCAUUGAGCGGAUUGGAUGGUUAGGGCCACCGCGGAACGAAACAGCGACUGAUUCGAUGGCCGAGGACACGCCGAAUAGUAGACGUGGGCCUGCGAUUCCCAACCUUGCAGCUGGCGGAUAUGAUUUCCAAGCGGGAUGGGGAGGGAAUCCUCAUUCGACGAGCUCAUAG